GCGGGGCGGGCGGGCCGAGGCGGGAGGGCCGGGCCCGCGGGGCGGCGGCGGAGUGGGACUCGGCGCCGGCGCUGGUGCGGGCGCCAUGGAGGCCAACGGGGGGCCGGGGGACCCGCCUGCCGAGCGCGGCAGCCCGGGCCUGACUCCGGAGGAGGGCGCGCGGGCCCGCGCCGAGUUCGCGGCGCUGCACGGCCCGGCGCUGCGCGCGUCCGGGGUCCCCGAGCGGUACUGGGGCCGCCUCCUGCACAAGCUGGAGCACGAGGUCUUUGAUGCCGGGGAGAUGUUCGGGAUCAUGCAAGUGGAAGAGGUGGAGGAGGAGAGUGAGGGCGAGGCAGCCUGGGAAGUGCGGAGGAAGAAGCCCAACCCCGGCAGCGAGCGCUGCUACAAGGUCAUCGUGACCAGCGAGAACGGGCUCCAGGCGGCCAACCCCAACAGCAUCUUCCUCAUCGACCACGCCUGGACGUGCCGCGUGGAGCACGCGCGUCAGCAGCUGCAGCAGGUGCCCGGGCUCCUGCACCGCAUGGCCAACCUGAUGGGCGUCGAGUUCCACGGCGAGCUGCCCAGCGCGGAGGCUGUGGACCUGGUGCUGGAGGAGAUGUGGCGGUUCAACCAGACCUACCAACUGUCCCACGGGACGGCCGAGGAGAAGGUGCCUGUGUGGUACAUCAUGGACGAGUUCGGUUCGCGCAUCCAGCACUCGGACACGCCCAGCUUUGCCACCGCGCCCUUCUUCUACAUGCCCCAGCAGGUGGCCUACACGCUGCUGUGGCCCCUGAGGGACCUGGACACGGGCGAGGAGGUGACCCGAGACUUUGCCUACGGAGAGGCGGACCCUCUGAUCCGCAAGUGCAGGCUGUUGCCCUGGGUCCCCGCCGACAUGCUGGACGUCAGCUCCUCCACGCCCGAGCCGCCGGACCAGCACUACCAGGCCAUUUUGGAGGAAAACAAGGAGAAGCUGCCACUCGCCAUCAGUCCGGUGGCAUAUCCCCGUGACCACGUCUUCAGGGUCUACACGGACGUCCAGCAGGUGCUCGGCCACCUCACCCACCCACGCUUCACCUUUACCCAGAGCGAGGCGGACGCGGACAUUCUCUACAACUUUUCCCACUUCAAGGACUACAGGAGGCUCAGCCAGGAGAGGCCCAACGUGCUGCUGAACCAGUUCCCCUGCGAGAACCUGCUGACCGUGAAGGAUUGCCUGGCCUCCACCGCGCGCCGGGCGGGGGGCCCCGAGGGCCCAGCCUGGCUGCCCCGUACCUUCAACCUGCGCACCGAGCUGCCCCAGUUCGUCAGCUACUUCCAGCAGCGGGAGAGGCGGGGCCAGGACAACCACUGGAUCUGCAAGCCCUGGAACCUGGCCCGCAGCCUCGACACCCACAUCACCAGGAGCCUCCACAGCGUCAUCCGGCACCGCGAGAGCACCCCCAAGGUCGUGUCCAAAUACAUUGAAAGUCCAGUCUUAUUCCUGCGAGAAGACGUGGGGAAGGUCAAGUUUGACGUCCGCUACGUCGUGCUGCUGCGCUCGGUGAAGCCCCUGACGCUGUUCGUGUACGACGUAUUCUGGCUGCGGUUCUCCAACCGGCCCUUCGCGCUCGAUGACCUGGACGACUACGAGAAACAUUUCACUGUCAUGAACUACGACCCAGAGGUGGUGCUGAAGCAGGUGCACUAUGAUGAGUUCAUCCCUGAGUUUGAGAAGCAAUACCCAGAAUUCCCUUGGAAGAGCGUCCAGGGUGAGAUCUUCCAGGCCUUCACGGAGCUGUUCCAAGCGGCAUGUGCCAAGCCACCGCCCCUGGGCCUCUGCGACUAUGCCUCAUCCCGGGCUGUGUAUGCCAUCGACCUCAUGCUCAAGUGGGACGACCGUCCAGAUGGGAGGCGGGUGAUGCAGCCACAGAUCCUGGAGGUGAACUUCAACCCGGACUGCGAGCGAGCCUGCAGGUACCACCCGACCUUCUUCAACGACGUCUUCAGCACCCUGUACCUGGACGAGCCCAGCAACUGCCACGUCAGCCGCCUGGUCUAGGUGCCCGCGGGUCCUGCUGAGGCUGGGUCCUCCAGCCUCAGCUCCCCGAGCCGCUUCUGCAGAGUCCUCCUCCCCGUCCUCCCUCGGACAAGCCUCGCCUUCGAGCUUUGGCCCCAGCACCGCCUCUGGGGGCUCAGGGUCCUCCUCUGCCUCCUGACUCAGGAGCAGGGCCGGUCACCGUGUCCCCUGGGGCUGAGUGCCAGGCCCCCGUGCACAGUCCCCUCACCGCCAUCUCUGCUCAGCCAAAGGCUUUUCCAAAGAGUUUGGUUCCCGGGCUGCCGUGUUUCCAGGGUGUUGGCGGAAGACGGGUUCCGGGGAGCGUGACGAGGCGUCCCCACAAACAGGCUUCCCCGGAAGCACCUGUGGAGCCCAAACAUGAACGGGGCCAGGCUGGCUCCUUCUCCAGAUGCUGCUUGUGCGUCGUGGCUCCCCCAGGGCAGGGUGUCGGGGUCCCCCGCUGCACCCCUGUGUCCCCAAAACCCCUGGGAACCUGCCAGCCUUCUUGUUCCCCAACCUUGACCAAAACCUUUACCGGCAAGCUUCUCGUGCCCGCCGCCUGUGAUCGCUCUUGCCUUUCCAUUUGGCAAAAGCAGGCCGUCCUUCCCACCUCCGUGGCCCCCGCAGACCUCGCCACCCGCCGGGCACAGCAGCGCUCUCCCCCUCGUCCGACGUCGGCUGGGACUCCCUGACGAGGGGCCUCGGGGACAAGUGUGGGCAGCAGGGCACCAGGCAGUGGAGAGCCGACAAAGAUGAUUCCAGGGAGAACUUCGCGUCAUAGUUAGAUGUCGUCUUCCACCAGAGUCUAGAGUCAAAAUGUUGGGUUUUUGUUAGUUUUUCGCUUACGGGAGUAAAUCGAAAUUUCUUAUCCCUUCCAUGCUUUUGUUUCCAAAACCUGGAAUCAGAUGCCAGCCUGUGUGUAGCCGCAGCACGCCCAGACCCCGCUGACAGGGCAGGGGGGCCAGUCCGCCUCCCGGGGAGCGGGGAGCUGCUUUCAUUUUGAAGCCAAGAGUGAUCCUUGUGGCAAAACUGGACUUGACUGUGCCUCCAUCUCUGUGUCUCCUUGGCUGUGUCUGUCGGCCUCUGUCACCCAGGACCUCAGCCUGUCGGCCGGGGGGACGCCCCUUCCCUCCAGCCAUGCACAGGUGUCGAGAGCAGGGCACCUCGUCUCGGGUCGUCUCCCUGGAGGGCCGCUGGCGUCCCGUCCUCUCCUUGACUCGAUUCGUAUCACAAUAAAGUAUGCCUUCUCUA